GUACCAUAAAAUUUAGUUUAAUUUUGUUUUUGUUUAUUCACCGUAAAAUUUUCUAGUAUAAUUUGAUUUUACGGUAAAAGUUACUGGCAACAUGGAUGCCAAUAACUUUUACCGUAAAUGUUCCGAAUUUUUUUUCAAAGUGCGCAAAAAUGUCGGUAUAAUCGUUGCACAGGUUUUUUAUUGUUAUUUAUUAACAGAAUCCAAGCUUCCAUGUUUUUUGCGGCAACCAGUUAAUAAUAAUUUUAUUUUCAUCCGUUUCAUAAUUAUUAAUUCAUGUAUGAGAAUUUUACGCCAGAUGCCAAUAUCAUGAUUGAUCCUUUAAUCGCUUUUGAUUCUUAUAUGCUUCAGAAAGAUAGGGUUCAUAGAUAGAUAGAUUGAUAGAAAGAUAUGAUAUCAUUUUUUCAUUCCCGUAGAUAAAGAAAUGGUAUCGAAACCAAAACAAAACAAAAAAAAAAAAAAAAAACAGAAAACCCUUUAAAACUAGUUGCGCAAAAAUCCUGAGAGCAUGGAUUGUAUUAAGUUAGGGAUGUUUCCAUUCGGUCGUCUGCGGAAGAAAGACAAAAAAAGCCUAGGAGACAAACAUUUUCCCAUCUCAAAAGACUGCUUCAUUGUUUUAUUUUUGAUCUUCAGUACAAAAAAAGAAAUAUGAGACUUAACAAGAGAGUUGGUGCAUUGCGAAAGGUCAAUACCAAAGUUCAGCGUGGCCGAGGGUAGCCUAAUGAAAAAGGAGCUAGACUCGGAUUUAUAGGUGUCCAGGUUUAGAGCCCGACACUACCGAAAACCCAUCAAGUACAAGCUGAGUACGUGUGUGUAAAAAUUCGCGGGUCCGAAAGUCCUGUGGUAGGUUGUUAACAGUAACCAUGGAUGCUAGGGUUGGUAGAGACUUCCCGAGUCCCUUCAGAACUAAGCUUAAAUUAUGAAGGUGGUGCUGCCUUCUAUCAAUGCCAUGUUAGACUCGUGUCGUAGAGUCCUUACUCAAGAGUCACUCCAAACUCGAUACGUGAAUGGGGUUUGAUUCUCCUGAGUAGCAUUAAGAGCUAGAACAACAAGAUCCAACAUUAAGGGAAUCGAGUUUUAUGAAAAAACAAUUUACGAAUGCAUAAUUAAUUUUGCUCUGGAGGAAGAAAAUACGUGAGACUUCAAAAGACUCCUUGCAAACUAUAUCUAAUAAGUGUGGAACACGAUUGUGCAUAUGUAGCAACCGAUUAGUGUGAUUCAUUUGUAUGUCUGAGAUGUGCUUUCUAUUUCAGAAAAAAAAAAAAAAAACACGACGGCGCAUAUUUCUAGCAACUGAGUAGAGUGAUUGAUAUGUAUGUCUGAGAUGUGCUUUCUAUUUCAGAAAAAAAAAAACGAUGAUGCAUAUUUCUAGCAACCGAUUAGUGUGAUUCAUUUGUAUGUCGGAGAUGUGCUUUCUAUUUCAGAGAAAAGAAUGAUGCCGGAAAUCUGAUCGAGUGUCGCCGAGCCCUUGGAUCACCAUGGGUUGCAGUGCGGCCUUUGUUUUCUGCGCGAUCUCGAGCCUUGCGAUGGGGGUCGCGCGGGCAGGAAUCCCGCCCUUCCCAGUGUCCGCUCCGACAGGGCGACCAAGGCGACCUGAGCACUUGCGGCCAGACGAGAAAGUGAGGUUGCUAGCUGAACGUGAAGGAGCACUGGCAGCCGCCCUUCAAGUCAUCGAGAACGUUGCCGCUAACAACUCCACUUGCCGGAAAGUCUCUCUCAGAGAUUUUGCACUUGACUGGGAGCUUAGCAAGAUGACGAUAUUCGACAGGCAGAUGAAAGCAGCUCUCCGAACGGCUAACGUCCUUAAUCAUUACUUCCUUACAGCACCUAACGACACUGAGAUUGACGCACUUUUUUUUUACUCUCUGGUGAAAACGAACGUGGAAAGUGAUCUUUCAUUGUCAAGUAGCAGCAUUGUUUUUUCUUCUUCGGACUCGGGUGAGUUCUUUAUGCCCUCAGCACACAGAAGAAAUGAUGGAGCCGUCCGGACAUUUAAUUUAGGAAGUUCGCUCCUAGAUCGAUGGUCUGGAAACGAAUGGUUCUGGAUUCUGGAAUCAAGAAACUUUUCAGAGCUUUUUGAUCAGAUAAAAAAUGGAUCGGACCUGAUGGUAACCACAGAAGACGGUUAUUGGUCGGCUCCGUACAUUGAUUGUAAUUUAACAACUACAUGGCAUGUCACUUUCAGUGCUCCUAUUUUUACGAAAAGCAAUGAAGAAUUUUAUUUCAAGGGUGCAGUCUCCGUGAGUGUGCCAGUGGCUGAUGUCGACAUUGAUCAGUGCGAUGGGAAUGUCCACCUCGCUACCUUUUCCAAUUCUCACCACUGUGAUCUUACUUCGACUCAGUGCUUGCCCAUUUCUGGCAAAGGUUUUCGUCGGGGAGCCUAUAAAUGUUAUUGUAAGCCCAAUUAUUACCCGAUGUCAGUUGAUACCCAGCGUCGUGGAGUUGAUUACUACGAUGGUGAAGUUAUUGAGACAGCCUAUGUAACUAGUAUGCUUAGUGGACAAGACAAGUUCUCCAAUAAUUUUCGAUGCCUUCCUUGUCGAGUGGGAUGCGACAUGUGUGUUGGUGAUCAACCAUGUUAUGUGGAAUAUGACCUCUUGUUGCGUAGCUUAGUUCUGUGCUUCCAGAGUUUUUGCAGUACUAUCGUUGUUAUAUUGAUAGUUGUAGUUUUCGUUUUGAGAAAGACUAGGAUAUUUUCUUCUUCAAUGUGGGUGAUGCUUGAAACAGUACUUGUUGGUGCCCUUUUCCUUUAUCAGACGGUUAUCAUUCGUUAUUUCGAGCCAAACGUUAUUACUUGCAUGUUAGAGCCAUGGUUUCGUGGAUUGGGUUUUUCCAUUUGCUAUGGAGCAAUUACUCUGAAAAUAUACAGAAUUCUUGCUGAGUUUCAGACAAGAAAAGCGCAUCGCGUGUGUGUUCGUGACAAAGAUUUGCUCAAGUAUCUGAUGGCUAUCAUAACAGUGGUGAUUGGAUAUUUGUUAGCUUGGACGGCUGUUAUCAUAGACAAUAUGGAUGAAGGCUAUAGUGUCGUUGUUCAUGAGCAGACGCCAAUGGGCCUUAAAUACGUCAUCUGCAGAGCUCUGUGGUGGGAUUACGUUACUGAAGUUGGCGAGCUUCUUUUUCUACUGUUUGGGGUGUUCCUUACAUAUAAAGUUCGCAAUGCGAAGUCUGAUUGCUUUCACGAAAAAGAAAUGCUUGCGUGGUCCAUUUAUAUCGAAGCAUUGGUCUCGCUGCUUAUGUACACUAUAAGGCAUGUUGUGUGGUCCAAUCUGCAGCCUGACUACAUCUACCUUUUGUACUUUCUCCGCUGCCAGUGCACUGUCACGCUCAUCUUGUUUCUCAUCUUCGCACCCAAACUCUGGUACCACGCUCGUCCACCCGACCUCAUGGAUUACCAGUCGGGCCGGCAGUUGUCGUCGAGUGGAGAUGUGCGUGAUCAGAUGGAAGCCAUCAAACUGCGAGAAGCUAUCACUUCAAACGGAGAUGUUGACUUCUCGGAUAUUAACCUCAGCGAUAUGGAUCCAGAGGAAAUUCGUAUUGAAUUACGCCGUGUGUAUACCCAACUUCAAAUUCUACGGAACUUGACGAUGCGAAAGGGGAAUCCGCACAUCAGUCGUCGUCGUGGGGGACGGAAAGGCACGCACCGCCGUUUUUCUCUGCAGACCUUUCACCAUAGACAUAAGCACUAUCAUGACCACGAUGUGACCGAGGUGUCGAAGACGCCGGAGGAAUCAACAGCAAGCGUGGAUGGUACAGGAACUGCAACUGGUGAUAAUGCAUCCACGAAACACAGCGACGAACAUAAUUCUAGUACUCCGACGGUUACUUUUAAAGAUGGCCCAAAGUGAUACUACUUCACUGCUCGCGAUUUCUAUGAGUAGUAAAACUGAAUUUUACUAACAGAGCUUUUAGACCGCUUUUUAAAAUGCAUUUUUUGAACGAAGAGGUACAUACUUGCAAAUCCUUGGCAAGCGCAUGCUUAAGCAAGUGCUUACGUGUAGCGCUUAGUGCAUAUCCUCCAACUGCUACGAAAUUUCCGUAGUUAUAAUGAAAAUUAUUCAAAAUCAAAUUCAAACUAAAUCAAGGCUUAAAAUAACUUGAAAAUAUCUACCCUAAAUUGACAC